AUGAAGGUGCGUAAAAAUCCACUACCCAAGCGCAUCGUCGAUAUACUUUGUUUUCUGCUCAUUGGGGUAUUUUUGCCAAUAGUUUUCAUAUGGGACAUAAGUGUGGUGUUACCGGCAGUCCAUGAGCCAGGCAGCUUUAUGUACAACUUUACGUUUGCUAUGGCCUUGUUUAUAUUAUUUAAUCUUAAGGGCAACUUGGCAGUGUGCAUGAUGGUUGAUACCAGCUACGAUCCUAAAGCUGUGAAGCCACCGCCGCCUGAAAGUGAAGAGUACGAGAAGUGGCGACAUUGUGAAAAAUGUAAUUGCUUAGCUCCACCCAGAUCUUGGCAUUGUAAAUUAUGCGGUGUUUGCAUUUUGAAACGUGACCAUCAUUGUUUAUUUACGGGCUGCUGCAUUGGCAACCAGAAUCAUCGUUAUUUUUUGCUAUUUGUUGGCUUCCUGUUUGUCGGUGCCAUCUAUGCGCUGGUCUAUAACUGCUACUAUAUAUUCGUUAUAAAGUCCGCUCUAUAUUUAAAAUCAAUGACAUUUGUUAUGUUGGUCUUUCCGUUGCCGUUGUUAAUGCUGGGAUUUGGGGUUGCGUCGCCACUAUUCUUUUUAGUGCUUAACUUUAUAGCUCUACUAUACAGCUCCAUUAUAUUGGUAAUGCAGGUGCAACUUGUUACGCAUGGUGCAGUCAGUGCGGAUAAAGUUAGAUCCAAAUAUGACAAUGGUGCCUAUCAAAACUUUCGCAGUGUUUUAGGCGAGCGCUGGCAUUUGGUUUGGCUGAGUCCAUUCAUCGAAAGUAAAUUACCUCAUGAUGGUUAUAGCUGGCAGGUAUCUCAAGUAGAAAAAGAGGAGUAAUAAACUUAAGUUUAUUCUUUGUUUUAAUUUAAUUAUUUAUAGCUGCUUUGUUAAGAGCGUUAACAUUGACAAUACUACCAUUAAAACAUGUUUGUUAAACAAAAAUAAAUUGUAGUUCACCAAGUUUUAAAUGUAUGAAUACUAAAGCAUGUUAGUAUAAUUUAGCAUAAGCUUCAAUACACGAAUUAAACUUCGACACACUUUAU